AUGAAUUCGCCUUUUGCAAACCGUCGAAAGCCCCGCAAGAUCGGAGGCGGAGAUGAGGACGAUGGCAACACUGGCCAAGAGCCGGUUGUGAAAAGGCCGUCGAGCUUAAAGUCAAAGCAAAAAUCAAAGCUUCGACUUUCAUUUGGACCUGGCGAAACAUCGAUAACAGAUGGUGACGACACAGCCAGUGAAGUAAUUACACCAAAACGACCCGGUCUCGGUCGGCGCGUGCUCGAAAAAAACGCCUUACAGAGAACACCGAACACUACUGUAUCCUCAGAUCAUUUACCUUUUAGGGUUGGACAAGAACAGGGUGGACCGAGCUACGGAGAGGAUUAUCUCAAAGAGCUGCGAGAUUCAACGCCUUCCACGCCCAAAUAUGCCGACACGGAUGGAGAAAAUGAUCGGAAGGAAAUCGAUAUCACAGCAAAAUUUGGCGAACUUAUCCAAACCCCGGGUGCUAGUUCUAUACCGAGCGAGGCAGAGAUCAGGGAAAAGAAAGCCCGUCGGGCACGCUUGGCAACCGAACAGGACUAUAUUUCUUUGGAAGGAGGCCAAGAAAUCGAAGAAGACUACAUGGCUGUUGAUAGUCGCAAAGAAGAUACCCGGCUUGUGAGAGAUGACGAAGAUUUUGCAGAAGGGUUCGAUGAGUAUGUCGAGGAUGGGAAGAUUUCCCUCGGAAGAAAAGCAGAGCGAGAACAGCAGCGAAGGCAACGCGAGCAGAUGCGAGACCUCAUAAACGAUGCAGAAGGAAGCUCGGAGGAAGAGGACUCGGAUGCAGAACGCAACGCUGCGUAUGAAGCAUCUCAAACUCGUGCCGGUAUGGACGGUCUGGAGCGUGACCGGCAGGGAGUCAUAUCUCGCCCAAAAACACCGCCAAAGGUAUCAUCUCUGCCCAGCCUAGCAGGCGUCCUGGGCCAACUACGUGGAACUCUGGUAGAAGCUGAAAGCUCCAAGAAGCUUCUGCUUAGUCGAAUGGAGGAGCUUCGCAAGGAAAAGGCCGAUAUUGCUGUCCGUGAGGUUGAGAUUCAGACGCUGAUCAAGGAUGCUGGCGAACAAUACGAGAAACUCCGACUCGACGCCGGUCUCGCGCCAGGGGGGGACGGACUGCCAGGAGAUGUGACGCCUCACGAUCGAGGCUUGGAGAGUCUGGGAAGUUCCGCCGUGGUGUCUCGCGUCGACUCGGGCGCGGAGUUUCUCAUAGCGAGCAGUGAUUCUGUCUACAUCAUUCCCUGGCUCGCAAGCCCCCUCGAUGAGAAUAGUUUAUUAUCGCCACGCCUACGCCAGCGAGCCGAUGCCAGUCCUAUCGAGCUAUUCUACGACGUGUUCCUAGUCGCAAACCUGGCAACUUUUUCCGCUACACAUGAGAUCACAGAUAUCAAAGCGGUGUGGUCGUACGUUGGGUUUGUCGGCAUUAUCUGGUUUACCUGGCUCCAAGUCGCGCUCUUUGACCUCCGGUUCUCGAAAGACUCCAUCUUCGAACGAACGUGCAAAGUCGUGCAACUAUGUGCAAUGGUCGGGUUUGCCUCAGCCGGGGCACGAUUCUCAACACGCAUUCAGGAUGAAAAUGUAUGGGCUUUCAAGUCGCUGUCCGUACUUUUGUCUGGUAGUCGCUUUAUGCUUGCCCUACAGUACACCAUCAACCUUUGGUUCCUCCAUGACAAGAUUGAUGGAGCUAUAAAAGGCAUGCUUGCGAUUAUUGGCGUGCUCUCCAUCACUGGAUUUACGUACCUGGUGCUUUACUUUGUGUUCGGACCUAAUGAACCACAUAUAUGGACCGCUUGGUUCGGAUUGUUUCUUUUCGAGUCCUUGGUUAUCAUUGCAGUGUCAACGUACACCCCGGGCUUGGAGCUGGAUAAUACGCACCUCACGACGAGAAUGGGACUUUUGACCUUGAUAAUCAUCGGCGAGCAUGUAAUAUCUAUCACUCGGAUCGUUAACAAGAUGAUUGCUGGCGGUGGUUGGACACUCGCAUCUCUCUUGCACGUUAUGGGGGUGGUCACAACAGUAUAUCUUCUAUGGCAUUCAUAUUACGAUAUAACGCCACUACAACGAUAUGGAAGAAUUCGGCAACAGAUAUGGACUCAUCUGCAUUUUCCUUUUCACAUGUGUAUUAUUCUUUCUUCCGAGGGCUGUCAAAUCCUUACACUUGCUCUCGACAUUUCCUUGAAGCUGAGGUAUCUGCUCGAGACGAUGCAUUUUGCAUGCGAAGAUCCACGUCCAGCAAAAAGCUUUGCGCUCAAUUUGUUGAAUCGUACGAUAGUUGACAUGGAAAUCGACUUUAGCCGAUCUCCACGAGAGAACAAUGCGAUCAGUCGGGUUAUGGCUACUUUAUGGAACCAGAGGGAUAUCUGUCCAACAGGGAACUUUACAGAGGCUCCAAAAUAUGGGAUUUUUGAAGAGCAAGGACGAUAUUUGUCCGGAAAUGUUACUGUCGCGCUCUUUUCGAGUAUGGGUAUCCUUCCUAAAGAGCCCGAAGCGAUGAGUUUAGAUGGAAUGAGAUACGUCAAGGUGUAUCUCGGUCUUUUGACCUUUGUCUACAUCUAUUACUUUGUCACCGUUGGACUGGGGAUGGCUUAUUUUGCCAUUUUUGCAACAUUGACACGUCGACAUCCGAAGCGUUUAUACAACGGCAUCGCCGUGGGAUUCCGACUACUAUGUGCGGUGGUUUUAUUGUCACAGGUUGCAUUUGCUAGAGAUUUCAACCUCACAUACAAGUACAUGACUCACCCAAUCAUCCUCUAUACGUUUUCUCUGACCAUGCUUUCUGUUCUCCUUGUGGAUCGACUAUUGGACUCAUUUGCAGAGACACGCAAGAGCGAAAUAGCGCGGCAAAGCAGCACUCGCAGUACAGCGCCAAUGGUGACCUUUGACGAGGCUGAGACUUGUCUUUACGAUGGAUAG